CCAAUAAAGUCCCCGGUUUUGCGCCUCCUUUUCUUGAACGGUUAGCGAUCGAGGGACGUUUGUAACACUAUUCGGGCGGGAUUGAUUGGCGCGCGUCUCCGCUGUGCGAAGGGCGCAGGCGAGCAGGCGGGCGGGCACGCUAGGGCAGCCUGAGACGGUGAGCGGAGGAUGGAUGUUCCCAAGGAGAGGAGAUGCGUCCCUAGAGUCCGGGCAAUCGGGGAGCUGAGCGUCGGGUUCACUUGGGCGCAGGUUUCGUUGCGGUUACUGUCCAUGGUCUACACACUCGGCGCGCUGUCCUUCGUUGCGUGGUUGUACGUCUAUUGGAGGCCGCAGCCACAUACCCGGGUCGAUAUUCUCGUGCCCUCUUUUGUUCCGGUCACCGUUGGAGUCCUGACGGACGGUGGUGAAGUGGUAUCGCUGCUCUUCUUCAACCGAAAGCGGGCCGUACACCCCGUAACAGUCUGUUUCGAUGUCGCCCUGAUCGGUGUCGGCAUCUUUUGUUUCCUUGUCCUCAGCAUGAUCGAUCGCGGAACGGGAAUCCGGCGAGAGUACUGGGCUCAUGAUAUGACGAAUGCAAUGAUCUUCAUGAUUGUCUUUUGCAUCAUACACUCGGCGUUCAUUGUCCUUGCAGCCGGAGGAGUUAUACACGUCUAUCUCAAAGGAGAUAGGAGCGAAAGGGAAAGCAUAGAAGCGCAACUGGAAAGGAGUCGUGCUGAUAUGAUUCAGUUUAACGAAGCACAGAGGUUAAAAGCGCAAGCUGUCGAAGUAGUAUGAUGAGGC